AUGUUCUCUGGGAAAGAGUCCGACUGGAAGGAACUGAAAGAUCUGGGGCAAGAGAAAAUCCAGUUCAGAUUCGCCAAAUAUCCCCGAAAACACCCCGAGAACCAGCCUCCAGCCGCGGCCACAGCAUCGCCAUGCCCCUCCACCGGCCGUAGCUCACGCCGGGGUCCUCGCUGUCUGGGGCGUUUACUGAAGAAAGCAGGCCACAACUUGCAGAUGGAGGUCUACCAGCACCCCCCCUUCUCCUCUGUGUCUGUGGUCAUUACAGGAGGCCAUAAACUGGACUGCAAACAAGUUUACCACAUCUGCUGCCCAUUCAAAUCCAUGACUGGAUCUGACCAGAUGAUGUACCGAAGUGUUCAGGAUUGUCUCAGGUACGCUGUCUCCUACCAGCACCGCUCUGUUGCGUUCCCCGCCAUUGGCACGGGGAACUUGGGCUUCAGUGACCAGGAGGCAGCACGCAUCAUGCUCUACGCCGUCAGAGACUUCAGCCAAUCACAGCAGCCCAUAAACGUGCACUUCAUCAUAUUCCCCUCGGACACUGAGAGGUUCAAGGUGUUUGAGAAGGAACUGAACUCUUUCCACACGGAUCCAGCUCUGCCAGAAACCCACCAACCAGUGGAGGACAGGGAGUGGAGCUCAGGUCCCUCGUCCCCUGGUCCCUCGUCCCCUGGUCCCUCGUCCCCUGGUCCCUCCUCCUCUGGUCUCUCCUCCUCUGGUGCCUCCUCCUCUGGUCCAUGUCUCCGUCUGCAGAGCUUUUGUCCUCAGAGUGUCGCUGAAGCUGAGACCUGGAUCUUGUCUCUGCUUCACAACAGCCUCGACACAAUCUGCAUCAACAACAACUUCAUACAACACUUUACUGAGAGAGACCUGGAGGAUCUGAGCCAGCUGGAGGUCCAUGUUGUGUUGGACGAGUUCCUGGUCAGAGGUCGCUCUGGUUUUGUUGUGACGUCAGAGAACAGCGAUGACCUCAUCGUCGCCGCGUUGUGCCUCGAGCACAAGAUCCAGGAAGUGACCCGAGCGUACGUGAAGGAGGCGGGGCUUAGGGGGCGGGGCCACAGGAGGCCCAUCUCCAUCGCCGACCCACAGAUCCGACUCGUACACCAGCAGCUGAAGGGUCUUGGCUUUGAGGUCGUCAAGGCAGAGCAGGUGGAGAACUCUGUCCUGGAGGAGCAGUACGAUGUGCUAAAGGCCCAGAUGGUCUCCCGUCCUCCGCAGACGCUGCUGCAGCUGGUGUCUGCGCAGUUCUGUGAUGUCAUCGCAGACCUUGGCUUCAGACCCGAGUGUGCGCCACCUGAUGACCCGUUCCUGGGACUCGGUCUGUACUUCACCUCUGAUGUCUCUGGAGCCCUGACCCUGUGGACGGACCGGAGAGACCGCUUCCUCUACCUGUGUGUGGGGGAGGUGCUGACAGGCCGCUCUGGACCUGGCAGGUCUGGACUGGUCCUGGGAACUGGUCUGGACUCUGUGGAGGGCUCUGGGGUCUCGGUGGUCUUCAGUCCACUGCAGGCGCUACCUCGGUUCAUCCUGACCUGCUGCAAUGUCACCGAGACCAGUGUGUGA